AUGUUGGUUGAUGGUAGAAUAGAUGCAGGGAUAGAUAGGGAGUUUGGUAGAAUGCGUUUAUCGGAUGGUGCUGUUCCCUCUUCAAAUAGUGCUAGUGCCAUAGAACGGAUCAGAAUGACGGAAAAUGAAAGUAACGAUGUGUUAGUAGGCUUACAGCCUAACGGUUUAAGUACUCGAGGCAACCCUCUUAGGAUACCUAGAGUGUCAAUAUCGAUUAUUUCCAUAGCUGUCACCGCUAAUUCUGAUCACACAUGGCUCAUGGAAAGCCUUUGCGCAAUGGGUUUAAGCUAUUGGCCAACCUCUCCCGUACAAGACAAUUUUAUAGUUGACAUGCAAGGUGAUAGGGCCUAUGAUUUUCUUGAACAGGAGAGGAUCAUAGAUUAUAGUAUGCUGGUUGGUCUUAACUUUAGAGAAUCAAUAAAUGAUGAACAUACUCCCUCCGAGGCUCAGACACCUGUUGGUGUUGAUGUCAAGAAGAAUGUUAUUGUUACAAUUUCUUCUGAUCAAGGUCUCUAUGGUGGGAUUAAUUCUACAUCUGUCAAGAUAAGCAGGGCUCUUCAUAAAUUAAAUUCUGGUCCUGAAAAGGAAAGUAAAUACGUCGUUUUGUGA